UAUUUUAUUUUUCAAUAUGCGUUGCAUUUGUUUAUUCUACCUGAGUUGCCUCAUUAUUGUAUUCGCAAUUAAUUAUGGGAAAAAGAUUAUUAUACCCGUGCAUUGCAUGGGCACUAAUCUAAUUACUCUUAAAACAAAAACAACACUGAGAGUUGAAGGGAGUGAUAAUUGAGUAAUACUUUAAUUUUAUUUUUUGAUGGAUAUAAUCUAGACUUUAACUAAAAAAAAAAAAAAAAAAAAAAAGCAAUUAUCGGAAGCUAUAAUAUCCUCCACCACACUUGAAAAAUUCGCUACCCAUACUUUAGUUAAACACUACUGUAAAAAAAUAAACAAAAAAAAAAAAAAAUAUUUGUCAACCUUACAAAAUAACAAGCCCAAAGUGUUGAGCUUGACUAGUCGAAAACUCAAAACAAUGUGACUUCUAAUUUCGAACGAGCGACCAUAUUUUAAAAUGUGGGACAUAAUCGGAAAUUGCAAAUUUUUGCCCAGGUGGUACUUUUUUAAGCGGCAAAAUUCUGAGAAAAGUGUAGUAUCUCAAAAGUCUCCGUGUUUUCAUGGCACAUUGAAGCGUCUUCAGCAAUCUCUCUCAUCUCCUCAAUCAACAUUUCUGAAAUUCUCUCUCUUUUCUCAAUUAACGAUGGCGCGCAACAAGGAAUCACUGGUCCUAUUGCUUGAUGUUGGUCCAAAAAUGCAUGGUGUUCUCCUACAAGUUGAGAAAGUUUGUGCCAUGCUUUUGGAGAAGAAGCUGAUUUAUAACAAAUAUGAUGAAGUGGGAAUUGUCUUAUUUGGAACUGCAGAAACAAACAAUGAGCUCACUAAAGAAGUUGGCGGAUAUGAAAACAUUGUGGUUCUGAGAAGUAUAAAAGUUGUAGAUGGAGAUCUGGUUGAUGUACUGGAUCAGAUUCCACGAGGAACGGUUCCUGGUGAUUUUCUUGAUGCAAUUAUUGUUGGUAUGGAUAUGCUAAUAAAGAAGUAUGGACCAACUAACAAGGGAAAGAAACGCCUUUGCCUAAUCACUAAUGCACUCUCUUGUCUGAGAGAUCCAUAUGAAGGCACAAAAGAAGAUCAGGUCAGCACUAUUGCUCAGCAAAUGACUGAGCAGGCUAUAAAAUUGGAAUGUGUAGUAGUUAGAGGGAAGCUAAGUGGUGAUGCUGAUAAGAACGUUAUGGAUGAGAAUGACCAACUAUUAGAACUUUUCACAAAGAGAACUUGGGCAAAGACUCUUUAUGUUGAAAGUGCAACUUCGUUGUUAAGAGCACUCAGGACUCGGAGCAUAGCCCCUGUUACAAUAUUCAGGGGUGAUCUUGAAGUGAGCUCUGCACUGAAGAUUAAGGUCUGGGUAUACAAGAAAACUUCUGAAGAAAAAUUUCCUACUAAAGCACCUGCAACUGAUAAAUUUGCCACCCGUGAAAUCAAGGUGGACUAUGAAUAUAGAAGCAUUAACGACCCUGAAACAGUUGUGCCUCCAGAGCAAAGGAUCAAGGGUUAUCGUUAUGGACCAGAAGUGGUUCCCGUAUCAUCUGAUGCAUGGGAAGCUGUCAAAUUCAAACCAGAGAAGAGUGUGAAGCUCCUAGGAUUUACUGAUGCUAAAAACAUACUACGCCAAUAUUACAUGAAAGAUGUCAAUAUAUUCAUUGCUGAACCUGGCAAGAGAGAAGCUGUUACUGCAAUUUCUGCAUUAGCUAGAGCGAUGAAGGAAAUGAACAAGGUUGCCAUAGUUCGCUGUGUUUGGAGGCAAGGACAGUCAGGUGUUGUGAUUGGAGUCUUGACACCAAAUGUAUCUGUGAAGGAAAAUAUUCCUGAUUCAUUGUACUUCAAUGUACUCCCGUUUAUUGAGGAUCUUCGAGAGUUCCAAUUUCCUUCUUUCAAAAAUCUCCCAACAUUUCAGCCAACCGAAGAACAGCAGGCAGCUGCUGAUAAUCUAGUAAUGAUGCUUGACCUUGCACCACCUGCCAAAGAGGAGAACUUAAAGCCGGACCUCACACCAAAUCCUGUUCUCGAGCGGUUUUAUCACUUUCUUGAACUAAAAGCAAAAGACCCAGAUGCUGCUGUGCCUCUACUUGAUGAAGCCUUGAAAAAAAUAACUGAGCCUGAUGCAGAAUUACUAUCUCAAAACAAGUCUGUCAUUGAUGAAUUUCGAAGAUGCUUUGAAUUAAAGGAGAACUCUACGAAGAAGAAAUCAACUAGGUCUGUCAAAGAGAAGCCAUCUGGGUCAGAUGAUGAGAAAGAUGCUGCAGAAGACCAUAAUGUGGGGAAAACAUUAACGAACACCGAUGAUAAUACUGCAGGUAAGGCUGAGAUCAGUGAUGAGAAACCAUCCAGUGCUCUGGCAAAUAAUUCUUCUGUCAGUGUUGAGAAGAUUGGGAACAUUACCUCAGUCCAGGAUUUUGAAGCUAUGUUAUCUCGCAGAGAUAGCCCAGAUUGGAUAACUAAAGCAAUCAAAGGUAUGCGAAGCAAAAUUCUUGAACUGUUAGAGGACUCAUUUGGAGGAAGUAACUAUGACAAAGCUGUAGAGUGUCUCGUUGCCCUCCGAAAAGGCUGUGUCCUUGAACAAGAACCGAAACAAUUCAACGAUUAUCUACAGUAUCUUUGUAAAUUUUGCAAGGAGCAUGGCCUGAAUGAUUUUCAUGAGCUCCUUGACUUAAAAGGGAUGACAUUAAUCACAAAAUCAGAAGCCGUAGACAGUGAUGUGGCAGAUGAAGCAGCACGAAGUUUUCUGGUUACCAAAGAGCCCAAAGUCGAAUAACAACUUGUUGCCUAAUUGAACUGGUGUACAUAACUGGAAAGGAGGAUGCCUAAGGCACACGACGCACUCUGCAGUUUCUUUUUCAAUCUUUUACCUUAAGGGGAGGUGGGGGUUCAAGUAUUUUGUAGUCACAUUUAUGCUAAUGUAAAUUUUGCUGCAGGCGAGUGCAAUAACCAAAUUUAACAUCCAAUGUUGCAUUACAUACUCGUAAGCAAUAGUUGUGAUUUAGUAGUUUGAUAUCAAAGUUUAGAAGGAUAACAGACCACUUCAUAUCUAAUUGUCUAUCGCGGCAUUGGAUAGGGAAAGUGUAUACAAUAGUUUUCUAACC